AUGCAUUUCCGUGUGCGUUUUGUUCUCGAAAAUUUGGCAGAAGCUCACCGCCAUUCGAAGUCUUGUCGGGAGAAAGGCUUGGAUCCGAUUCCUGUUCCAGUACCUCGCGGCCGAAAGAGAAAAGCAUGCGAGUCUUGUGCGCUCACCAAGGUGGCUUGUGAUGAGAAGUUUCCAUGUACUCGAUGCCUCGGAAGGAAGUCGGAGUGCACGUACCCAGUUGGCCACAGGAUUCGUGUGCGCAACGAUGCCCUUGAGGUACACCAAUAUCCUGUGGCAAGGCAGUCUGCGCGAGCAGAACGUGCCUCGUCUCAUUCGAGCACCGGAAGUGCUAAGAGUGCCAUGCCAUUCCUAUCUAACUACACCAAUCCUGCAACCAAUUCCCUCUCAGCUUACUACAAGAGUGCCCAAGAGGUUAACGAUAGCUUUUCUGACCACGAGUACAUCGUUGGAACGGCAGGUGAAGAGCCAGAUGAAGAGUCGACGGAAAGAGUGAGCACAUUCCUGCUUGGUAAUCCCGACGAGCAGUGGUGGGACGACAUCAUCAUUGCAAGACAUUCCUGCCCCGACGAUGACGCUCUAGAUCACAACCACAUGCGAGAACGGUUAAGGCAGGUCGCCCUUGAUCUCACAACCAUACAACGGUCGCAAUGUCGCAAACGUGGAGCUGCGCUUUUCUUCGAUGAAGAAACCUUCAGGACUCUCUUCACUCAUGACAACGUGGUAGAAUUUACCGAACUAUAUUUCACCCGUUGGAGCCCUCACUGCCCAAUCCUGCAUCGCCGGACCUUCGAUUUGAGCAAGGUCCAUCCGCCACUGUUGCUGGCAGUCUUUCUGAUCGGGGAGGCCUACUCGCACGAGGUCUACCCCUCGCUGGCUCAAGCUUACUAUGACAUUGCUGAAGAGUACACAUUCAGUCACCCCAAGUUCAGAGAGCUGCUGGGGGACGACCCAACGUCCUCAUCAUCGACCUCCGCGCGCUCGCUUGAACCGCUCCACGCCGCAUACUUGAUGGUACUUCUACAAAUGUGUGGCAAAAACGUCAUGUCCAGACGGCGAGUGAGGAAUGCGCGAUACAAUGAGGUCAUUCAGGCCGCUCGUGGGCUGAAGCUCUUCGGCAGUAAGAAUGAGUACCUGGAUAGUGAACAAAGCGAUUGCAUUGACUUCGACUGGCAUGGAUUCGUGGUCAAGGAGUCGAGAAUAAGGCUCGCAUACCUCAUCUUUGGAAUCGAAUGCAACUUUGCCAUGUUUCACGCGCACUAUCCAAGACUGGCCGUCUCAGAAAUGACAGGCAGCCCGAUGUGCAGUGAACGAUGCUUUUCUGCUAGUACAAGCGCUGCAUGUGAGCAAUACGCCAAGCAGGAAAUGAGGUCCAGCACGAAUGCUAUCUCAACAAGUGUAUCACAACUUUUGGAGAGCCGAGACGACCUUGCGGGACACUCAAGCCUAGUCGACCUGGCACCCAGGAAUUUCUUCUUCGUUCUCUGCGGCCUUCACUGUGCCAUCCAUGCCUCACGUGCGAACGGGUUGGGAAAGAUCAUGUAUCCCUCAUUCAUGAAAGCGCUAGGCCGUUGGAUGAAGAUAUGGGAUCGGCAAGUAAGCAACCUGCCGGUCGAAGAAUGGCAGAAGCUGGGAUUCAUGAGGGAUGCUGGUCCCGAAUUCUGCCAGCUUGCGUUUUUCUUCAUGGAAGCUGAGGCGCGUGGCCUGUUCAACACUGAGAAGCUGCGUAGCAUGGAUUCUGAGAAUAUGGGAUAUGUCAGUUAUCUACUGGAAGCGUUCUCUCGGACCGCUUAA